AUGGCGACGCGGGCCUUUGAGGUACUGCUCGAGGCCGAGGCCGCCACGCAGCGUGCUCGAGACUAUCAUGGCCUCUCUGCUGCCAGCGUUGAGCGCAUCAAGGUGACGGCUCGCAAGAUGGACAAGCUCAUGCACCUGGGCCAAAAGUAUCAGUCACACCUGGCGCAAGCUUGUCAGGUUGGCGCCGACUUCUUCGAAGCUACGCAUGCCCUGCUGGGCCCACAUAUCGAGGCCGAUGGAGACAUUGAGACGCUGAGCGCGAGCUGUAUUCGCUUGGUGGCCCAGCUUCAAGCGUACAAUGCCAACAUGCAUACAGUCAGCAUGGUGCUCAUGCAGCAAGUGUUACCCUUUUUCUACGAACACGCCACAGUCUGGCCCAAGCGCGCCCAGGACGCCGAACGCCAACUCACCCGCCAAGCCGACGAGGAUCGACGCAAGGUGCACAAGGAUUCGUCGCGAAUGGUCAAGGCCUGCAAACGCGCCUCGGCCAAGCCAGACAAGGUGGCUCCAGCCAAUGCGGCCGUGUUUGAAUUUGCUCGCAGCUGUGCCGAGUACGAAGACCACCAGAUGGAGAUGGCCCGCCGUCUUAUCACGGGAGAGCGUCGCUUCCUUUGCUCUCUGGCCGAAGACUUUGCCGUCCUCGGUGACUCCUGUCUCGAGGCCCAACUUUCUCUGCCCUUGAUUGCGCAGCAGAGUGAGGAUGUGCUGCGACUGGCGGCCAAUCCAGACUUGCUGCCCUUUCAUCCCACCCUGCAUGCGCUGCAAACGGCCGUGCAGAACAGGAAUGGGCAACCUUCAGCCGGUCUAGCCGAGGACAACAUGUCUACCGUGUCCCGCACACCCAGUGGAGUCUACGCCAAGCCGGUGCGGCCUUCCAUGGUCGUCUUAAACGGAGCUCAGGCAAAUAAAGGGGCCAUUGCUCCUCCCUCUUCCGCAUCAACUGCCAUGCCAGCCCCCGCAAUGACGGGAACGGCACCACCGCCGCCACCACCGCCACCGCCAGCGCCAGCGUUGGGUGGAGGUAUUCAGGCGUCACCUUUGAGACGCCACGAUACCCACGAGCUGGAUGGCGAUGAAGUGACGACGGACGACGAGGAAGAUGACUUUGACGAUUUUGAAGGGGACGAGGAACAGGAGAGCAGCGCUUCUUUGCCACCCCCUCCGCCUUCAUUGGUGCCGGGUAGCUCGGGCAACUACUCGCCGCUGAAGCCACCGACACCACCAGCCAAACCAGCGCAUGCCAUCUUGUCUAUUCCGCCGCCUCCGCAGGAUGCGCCCGGCGCCAGCCUUCGGCCACCUGCACCGCCACAAAACACACCCGCCUCCACCGAGCCGAGCCCAAUCAUGGCCACGCCCAGUGCCAUCAAGCCAACUGCCGCGGGUGCACCCCCACCACCUCCACCCGGCCCACCCCCUGACCUUCUCAAGGACCACAUCCCCAUAUCCUCAGGUUCCAGCUGGCAUCCACCCACGGAUGAGCAAAAAGCGGCCCGGGAGGCGCACUUGGAGCAGAUGAAGCGUGAAGCUGCAGCCUCCGGCGGCGGCGGUGCCAACAUGUCCAGCCUCGCAGAAAUGGUGGCUCAACGGGGCAAAGAGCGCUUGGAGAAGCGGCAAAACAGCCCCCUGUAG